AUGAAGUUUGCGCAAUAUCUUAACGAUACACAAACUCCCGAGUGGAAAAAGGCAUAUAUUGAUUAUCGUGGCCUAAAGAAGCGCAUUGGUGCAAUUCAUGCAGAACAUAUUGCCAGGCAGAGCUUCACUGGAACCACUGAUGUUGAUAAGCAAGCUAGAGAAUAUGGACAGUACAACGAGAUGCCGCUCCUUCCACGACCUGAUGCUCCAGUUGAAGUGAUUUCGACUCUUUCCGCAACUCGAAUCCAACAAAGGAAUAGCCAUCUGCGUCCAUCGCUCAGAAUUUCAGUGCAUAGUUUUCCGCCUCCACCUCAUCUCACAGGCUCAUCAUCACAGGCUCCUUCGCAGGCGACUCCCUUACCCCCGAAGACUGCGUACUUGCCACCCAUAUUUCCCUUUUUCCGUGAUUCAGGUUCUCCGGCUCCUGCUGCCUUACACACCCUUCUUCCUCUACUACCACCACUUCAUGCACAUUUUUUCGAGCUAUUAGAUUCUGAAUUGGAGAAAGUCGACUCUUUUUAUGCAGAACGAGAAAAGGAAAUGCGAGACCGUGGCAAGCGGCUUAAAGAGCAGCUUAAUGAACUUGGGUUGCAUCGCAAGAAGUAUUAUGAAUCUAAAGCAAACGACACAGCACCGGGCUGGGCUGCACGAGCUCGCCUAGGUCUGGCAGCAGUUUUACUUGCCCUAACCCAACGUCGUACAGACAAGAACGAUAGUCAACCAGGACUAGUAGCUCCUGAGUCGUGUCGGGGAGGUCAUUCGAUCAUCACUGGAGAUGGAGAAACUUCCGAACGUAAAACGAUAUCGCUGUAUCCUGCGUCUACCACAGGUGAUUCAACUCAGGUUGCAUCACUCAGGAUCAUUCGUUCAGCCCCGCCUACAAAAGCCAAUGGCAAUAUCCCGGUGAGAAACAACAGUAUGCCCUUCACGAACCCCCAAGAGUACCAGAAUGCGAGGAAACGCCUCAAGAAAGCUGUCGUGGAGUAUUACCGUGGGCUCGAGGCGCUGAAUAAUUACCGUAUACUUAACCUUACUGGUUUCCGCAAAGCUGUCAAGAAGUACGAGAAGAUUACACAGGUGCCUGCUCAAGCAGCUUAUAUGAAGGAGAGAGUCGAGCCCUCGGCUUUUGCUUCUGGCGCAAUGGUCAACUCAAUGCUUAAAGAGAUGGAAGAGUUGUUUGCCGCAAGAUUCGAAUUUGAUGACAAGAAGAAAGCUAUCACUCAUCUUCGUGUUGGUACGAAUCAGAAAUCCCAUCAUUUCAGCACGUUUCGCACAGGUAUGUGGCUUGGGUCAUCUAUACCAGCAACGAUUAUCGGCUUCAUAACAUGUCUGCGUCACAGUACCGCCACCUCAUUGCCUUCAUGGGAUAUCAUACUUUUCAUCUACUCUAUUUUUUUAAUUCCUACGUUACUCGCGUUGCUUGUUGGUUUGAACCUCGUUGUAUGGGCUAGAGAAAGGAUCAACUAUGUGUUCAUAUUUGGUAACUUAAUGUACGAUCUCGACUCGACCAUCGCGAAUAUUUUGAGGUUUGACGCCUUGGCAUUCUAUGAGAACCUCCGAGGUCGUUCACGAUGGUGGCUUAUCAAGAGCAUUGCAAGACUAGGUAUUAGCGGUUUGUGGGGCGUUGAAUUCACGGAUUUCUGGCUUGGCGAUCAGUUUUGCAGUCUUGCCUAUAGUUUGUCGAACUUUUACUUCGUUGGGUGUUUCUACUCCCGAUACUUUCCUCAUGUUCCUUCCUAUACCAACGUGUCAUCACUGCAACAAAACAUUUCCAUGGCAGUUGUUCCACGCUUCCUUCCCUCCUCCCAGAUGUUUAGUUUGGUGCCAAGAGACGAAGUCCUCUCGUCUGCAUACGACCCUGCGGUUCGAGACGCGUGGACGACUUGUGGAGCGGAAUCGCAUUGGGGUUCUUACUUCGCACUUGCUAUGAUACCGUUCUUAGUGCGAUUCGUGCAGAGCGUCAGACGUUAUAGGGAUUCAAAGUUACCUACUCAUCUCAUCAACGCCGGUAAGUACGGGAUGGGCAUGGUGUACUACCUCUGUUAUUACCUUUGGAGACGCGACGGAGCAACUGACGGCGGUGCUUCUUUCAUUCUGUGGUGUUUGUCGGCAGUUAUCUAUGCGCUAUAUGGAUGUGCAUGGGACUUCGCGAUGGACUGGUCUAUCUGCAAACCUCGCGCUAAAUACCCCCUGCUCAGGCGGGAGUUGGUGUACACAUCCCAGAUUCCGCUGUACUAUGUUGCUCUGGUCACGAACUUUUUCAUUCGUUUUCUCUGGGUCUUCUACAUACCAAGUUGGUCAUACUUUACUGUCCGGACAUUCGUAUGUGGCCUAAUGGAGAUGGUAAGAAGAGUUGUGUGGAAUUUCUACCGUCUCGAGAAUGAGCAUCUUGGGAAUAUGGAUCAAUACCGAAUUACGCACGAGGUCCCAUUGCCAUAUUCGUUCGACAAUCCUCAACACGAGGACGAUGAUGACGACGAGGACAAAGCUUAG